AUGGCUUCCAAAGCUGCGCACAAGCGACUUACAAAGGAGUACAUGGCGAUGCAGAGAGACCCCCCACCCUUCGUCUGGGCGGUCCCGGAGGAGAAGAACAUCCUUACUUGGCACUACAUCAUCCGUGGACCUCCAGACUCCUCCUUCGCUGGCGGAGAGUAUCAUGGUGUCCUCUUGUUCCCAUCAGAAUACCCCUUCAAGCCUCCAGGGAUUAAGAUGUUAACACCUUCGGGGCGUUUCCAACCAGAUAGAAAGAUAUGUUUCUCAAUGUCUGAUUUCCAUCCCGGCAGCUGGAAUCCUGCCUGGAGCGUUUCAACAAUAUUGACCGGGUUGCUCUCAUUCAUGCUCUCAGAUGAGAUGACAACUGGAUCUGUCACUACUACGGAUGCUGAUAAGCGCGCCUAUGCCGCGCGCAGUCAUACCUGGAAUCUCGGCCAACGCAAGUUUAAGGAAGUAUUCCCUGAUGUGAGUGGUGUGAUUUCGAUUUGGUCUUCAAACUUCGCGCCGCUGGCAACACUGUGGCUGCAGAUGCCAUCCAUGAAGACAUCUGCAUCAAUAUCUGUGAUUUCCUAG